AUGGCCUCAUCCCGAGGCUCCUCUCCGCUAUCGCCUAACUCCCUCCACGCCGGCGGUCUCCCACUUUCCCUUCACGAAAUCCACGAGGAUGGUCCUGACCAUGGUACUCAUAGCGUCAUCUCUUCUCGUAUGACUGAUGUUAGCGAUAAUGCUUCCGACAUUAUGGGCCUUGCCGAGGCUCAACAAUCCCAACAUGCCUCGUCUCGCCGCUCGUCACUACAGCCUACGCUAGGUCAGACACGAACUAGAGUUUCAGUCAGCGAGCCUAAGCCAGAUGCUUUCUCAGGCUCCCGCCCCAGCACUGCUAUGUCGAGCUCUACAGCCGGGAUAAGAGGAUGGUCGGGUGCUCCAGCGUCGCGGAGAGGUCUAGGUUCAGUUGGCGGGAGUGUAAGGGGGAGGCCGACAUCAUCAGCAUCGCGGACACAUGCGCCAUCGUUAACAAGUAACGCCUUCUAUAGGCCUAUGAGUUCGGCGAAAUUACAAGCGCAAAGAGGGAAAGUUACGGAAGAAGAUGAGGCGGAGCAAAACAGGAUACGAGGGUUUGCUCAGGCUGCGCAGUCACCAGGAGGGCCGCCGAUUUUAGGGCUGUCGAUGAAUGAGCCAAUGGCACACCAACUCAAACAACAAAGGUUAAGCGACGAUCGUGGUGGGUACGGGCAGUCUGGAAGGUCAUUAUCUCCAACAGGUCAUACAGCACAGUCGGUAACAUCCGUAUCGCCUUUACAUACAGACUCUGGAAGGAUGAAUGUGAAUCACGCGAAUGGAGUAAAUGGGACGCCACCACUGCCGCGACUAGAUUCAUCAAGCCAGGGAUCUGGUGAAUCAAAAGAAAAGCAUCAAAAGCAGAAACAAGAGGACCUUGGAAAGAAUUGGCAGUAUUUCCCAGGAAACACAAGUUUUUGUUUUGGUGGGCGGUUUCAGACAGCAAAUGAUGUGCCAAUGAACAUUCUGACAGCUAUUUUGAUCUGCAUCCCGGUGGGGCUAUUUUUUGGUUACUCGGCGAAAUGGUUAUGGUUUAAUGUAUCACCGGGGUUGCCAAUAUCUUUUGCAUACUUGUUUGCACUCUGUAUGUCAUCUUUCAUCAAAGCCUCUGUCUCGGACCCUGGUGUCUACCCCCGUAAUGUUCACCCCCUCGAAACCGACAAUGACAACGACCCCCUUGCCGUCCCUCCGCCUAACGGUUGGGCCUUAAUUCGUCCCCCUAAACCAACACAAAUCCAUCUUGAGGUCCCCAUAAAAUACUGCCUAUUUGCAAUGGUGGUUUAUGGAGCGGUUGCAUCACCGUAUCCACUUGCAUUGUUUGGAUACCAUCUCUUCUUAAUGGGGAGAGGCGAGACAACGAGGGAGUAUCUUCAUGGCCACAAAUUCGUUAGGAGCGAAAGGCAUCGACCGUUCAGCCAGCAGAAUAUCUUCAAGAACUUUGUCGUUGUUUUGAUGAGACCCAAACCUCCAACGUAUGUCCAACUGAAAAACCGUUACACUCGUGGCGACCAACGCUUCGAGCAGAGGAAGAUAGAAACAGACUCGCAGAAUGAAGAUCGGGGAUCGAGCCGUGGCGAAGCCACAAGGGGUAGCAACUAG